GUUUUCCUUCAUUGCAUUGCGUCUUAAGUUCCUGCUCCAGAAUUCUCCUUCCGAUUACACUAGGCACAGCCAGAACAAGACUAUCUAGUUGUGGAAGACUACUUUUCAUUGUCUAAUGAGUUAGCUGGUUAGAAGAACCUGUUAAAGAAUGGCUCACAAUAUUCGCAAGGAGUCCACAAGAUGGAGCAGAAGUGGCGUCCCUCCUAGAGAGGCUAGUCCUGGCUCUUCCUUGUCUGGCCAGGCUGAAGACGAGCUGAGACCUUUGCACGUCUCAGCAAGAAAGCCAUGGCAGCCCGCACUUGGCACAAAGGAGAAGGACCGCCUCGCAACUCAAAAGAAGACGGAGAUCAAAAAGAAUAAUACUAUUUCUUAUACAUCGGAGGAGAACGAGCACGAGGUUGCUACAAGGAUUUAUAAUACUACAAGGAAUUAUAUUACUAGUACGUCGUCGUGGUCCGCGGCGCAAGUUAGUACAAAGCUGUCAGGUGGAGGCGUCGUUUUGCCCAAGAAUGCUGGUGGAACACUCCGACGGGGAGCAACGCGCGUAAAAAGCUG